AAAAUUUGCAGUCUUAAAGGUUCAGAGACGUCGGUUACUUUUAGGCCAAAGCAUCGAUUAUACUUAGAACAUGAAAAGUGUUAAUUGUUUUUCAAUAAUAACAGCAACUGCUGUUAUUGCACUGAGUUGUAUUGCUGGAACAAUAAAUGCUGCAGCAUCACAAGACCUAUUGUUACCUUUCAAUGAUUUACUGCCGCCACUAUUGGACACAACAGAGAUAAAAGUGAGCACAACAGUAAAACCAGUAACAACUACAACUCCUCCAAUAACAACAACGACAAGAGCAGUAACAAAAACGACAAUUAAAAGACAACAACCGAAAGAGUUGAAUAAAGAUGCAAAGGUGUCAAGCAUUGACUUAAAACAAGAGCAACAUUUACAUCUGAUACCCUUUAAUGAUUUAUUACCACCACUUUUGAAUGCUGAAGCAACUGGAACUGAAACUUUAUUGACAGCUAAAACAACUGCAACACCAACAACAACACGCCGAACAACUGCAGCACCUACACGCCGCUCAUCAAUAACAACAAAAGCCAGUUUACCAGUUUCAGAAACAAAACCAACUAAAAAAUCUGCAUAUAAAUCAUAUACGCAACAAGGAAUUCAGCAAUAUAAUGCGAAGCAACAAAAGCUUAAGCAACAUGUAUAUAAGCAAAAUAAUGUUGCAAGUCAACCGUUACGACAAGAAAGCUUGGAACAUUAUAUAAAUUAUUUCCAACAAACAACACACCGCCCACCCAGAGGUGAACUACCUACAAUAACGCCAUUUCCACGUGUCUUAAAAAGAAGACAAACCUAAGAUUUGAAUAGUUAUUGAGUGAAGCUAUUUCAGGAAUUUUUUUUAAACUAGUUUAAUUUAUUUUUAAUUUAAAACACAUAAAUUUACCAAUUAAGUUGAGUUCAUGUUUAAUCAUUUUAUGGCAUUAA